AGGGAAGUGUCUCCUCAGAGACAAAAGUGAGGUGGGAGAGCAACACCCACCCUCAAAGAAUAUUCUAGAACCAGGGACUGAGGUUCCAAGUGGGACAAAAAUUUGACUACAGGUGUUCUUGAGCUAGGCUUCCCGGUACAGGUGUGACACAGCCUACACCACCACCCAGCUACUGCUUCUCGAGCAGCCCCCUGCCUCCGAAUCUUCAGGGCCUGGGGAGCUCACCCUACUGUCUGGCUUCGUGUCUUUUGUGAACUCCUUCCCCACAUUGGGAUGAGCUUCCUGCCUGUGCCCCGGGAGCCCCUGCACCGUGUGGCUGUGACUGGGGGCACCCAUGGAAAUGAGAUGUGUGGCAUCUACCUGGCCCAGCACUGGCUGCAAGCCCCAGAGGAGCUGCGGAGAGCCAGCUUCUCGGCUGUGCCAAUCCUGGCCAACCCAGCAGCCACAGCUGCCUGUCGCCGCUACGUGGACCAGGAUCUUAACCGUUCUUUCACCCUCACCAUUCUUGGUUCCACAGCCACCCCCAAUGAUCCAUAUGAGGUGACAAGAGCCCAAGAGUUGAACCAGCUCCUGGGUCCCAAAGGCACAGACCGGGCUUUUGACUUUAUCCUCGACCUGCACAACACCACAGCUAACACUGGGGUCUGCCUCAUCUCUGAAGCCUCCUGUACUUCCUUCAACUUGUACCUGUGCCACUACCUACAGCUACAGAACCCAGGGCUGCCCUGUCGCUUCUUGCUGUAUGACCCACCUGGGACAGAAACCUAUAGCCUGAACUCUGUGUCCAAGAACGGAAUCUGUCUGGAAAUGGGCCCACAACCUCAGGGCGUGCUGCGGGCUGACGUGUGCACCCAGAUGAGAGCUCUGGUAGCUUCCAUUCUGGACUUCGUCGAGCUCUUCAACCAAGGCACGGCCUUCCCUGCCUUUGAGAUGGACAUCUACAGGUGCAUUGGCAGUGUGGACUUCCCACGCUCCUCUGAUGGCGACCUGGUCGGCACUGUGCACCCUCAACUGCAGGACCAUGACUUUGAGCCGCUGAAGCCUGGUGACCCCAUCUUCAAGCUGUUCAGUGGAGAGGACAUUCUGUACGAGGGGGACUCCAUUGUAUACCCCGUCUUCAUUAAUGAGGCUGCCUACUAUGAGAAGCGUGUGGCUUUCCUGAAGUCUGAGAAGUUCCAGGUCUCGGUGCCUGCCCUGCCGGGGCUGACCUCCAGCUCUCCAGUGGCUCCCUAA